GCUACUAUUUUGCAAUACAGAAGACGAAACACACAAUCAAUGGAUUCGGGAAGCCAGCACGGGAUAGGUCUGUCACCGUUAUCCGGUGGACCGAAUGUAGGUACCCACAGCCAAGUAAAACGUCCUUGGAGUAGGAGCUUCAACAUGAGGGCCGAUAACGAUGUGGGAACUGAUACGCCAAGGAACAAGUUUCGCAAGGGGGAAAGAUCAAGACGAAUGUGGACUCCAAAGGAGGAAGACAUACUAGCAGCGACACUACUGGAGCUCACUGCAACGGGUUGGAAAUCGGACAACGGUUUCCGAGCGGGGUACUUAAGUAAGAUAGAGGACAGUCUCCGUGCCGAGUUCCCUAACACGGACUUGAAAGGCAACCCGCAUAUCAACUCCAAAAUGGGGGCAUGGAAGAAGAGCUAUGGCCUGCUCCGAUCCAUACUGAGCCGAACUGGGGUUGGGUGGAACCAUCACGGUGAUUACAAGUUUGAUUGUAGUGAUGAGCAAUGGGACCAGAUUGUACAGGCAGACACGGAAACCAAAUAUAUGCGGAACAAAUCGUGGCCAUUGUGGGAGACCUGACAGACUAUAUUUGGCAAGGACCGUGCUUCAGGGAUGGCUGCUGAAGAGAUAGGCGCAUCUGCGAAAAGUCUCCG